AGCUCCCGGAGGCGGCCGCGGCGGCAUGGGGCAGCGCGGGGCUCCGGCCGCCACUCCGCACCCGUAGGAAGCGGCUUUUUAAAGAAAAUAUGGAUUAAAGCGCGGCGACGGCGCGGGGAAAAAGGCGCAGGGGAGGCCAGGAAUCAUGAAUUCUCCUGCCGAAAUUAAGAAGCCACCGGUGGCCCCUAAACCCAAAUUCGUGGUAGCACAUAAACCAACACCCCCUCCUAUUGCACCGAAACCUGAUGUAAUGAUUUCCAGUGGUGUACAGUCAACAAAGAAAACAAAACCAGCAAUUGCCCCCAAGCCAAAAGUCUUCAAGGACUCACCUACCUCUGACAUUAAACUGACACCAGCAAGAAAAAGCACUGUAAAUUUUCCAGAACGUAGCAAGGAGUUAUUUGAAAACUUGGAGAACCUAAAUUGCAAAAAUGGAAUCCCUGGAGAAGAUGUGAAUGAAACUUAUAUUUUCUGCUCUUGUACUUCUGAGUGCACCCACAAGACUGGGACUGGAGAAAAUGUAUGUAAAGCACAGGUAGUUUUAGAGCACCUUGAAAAACUUGAAAGCUUAGAAAAUAUCGAAAUUGAUGAGCAGGCCACAAAAACUCUGAGGACUAGAAGAAAACUCGAUCUUAAUCGGGAAAAAGUGACUUCGAGUCAUGUGUUUGUAAAGGCGAGCCUUUUGGAAGGGAAGCCCAAAGAUGUUUCAACACACGGAGCCCCCAUUGGUUGCCAUUUGAACCAGGGAGCUGGAGACAGCACUGAGGAGGAUGAUAACUUAAAUCCUAAUAAGCAGGUUAGAAUUGACUUUUAUGAUCUUGUUACGUCUCCACUAAAUUUUGAUGAAGAUUCUGAUAAACCAAACCAUUAUUCCAAGCUUGUUAGAGAUGAGGGUCAAGGACUUGAAACUUGUCAAGAUUGGACUCGUGAUGGCAGGCAUUGUUUUUGCUCAUUGGACCAAGGAGCGAAGGAAAAUGGCAAAAUGAACAGUCUCAAAUUUCAAGGUAGAAUUAGAGGGAAAGCAGAAGACAAUGAUGUUAGCCUCUUAGUAACGCCUUCCUUACGGUGUGCCAAAAAAUUUCCAGUCCCUAAACCCAGAAAGCCCCGGCCUGCUUGUCUUGUACGGCAAGGGGGUGUAGAUGACCCAGACCCCGGGGAACCAGAUAAUUCAGCCAGUGACUCCUUUAGCUUUGCUGAACACUGUAUGAAAAAAACAAAUGAGUCUAAUAUUCCUGGUCAGAACAUUUUAUAUCACAGUCCACACGGAGAAAAAGGAAACCAAGCUAAUCAUCAUUCUGGUGAUGAAGGAAGUCAGAGCCAAGCAUCUCUUGAGAAACAUUAUUUCACCCCCCAGAAGUGCCCCAAACCCCCUUACCCUGUCGAAAAAAUGGAGUUUUCUGUAGUGACAGAUUGUAAUCCGAGACUUGAGAAUAAAACCUUAGAUGGUUCCAGUAUGUUACCUGACGUGGACACUCUUUCUUUGAGUUUGCAUAAGCGGCUCCUACCAACCAACAACCAACAUGUACUUCCCGCCAGCAGCUCCGAUGUCCCUGCGCAAAAGACGGACAAGGAGAUUCAUGUUAGAGUGGAAAGUUCCCCAAAGAUUGCUCCUAAAAAGCCUCAACGACAUAGCUUGCCUGCAGCCGGCCUCCUUAAAAAAGCUGCAUCAGAGGAGCUUAUGGAGAAAAGUUCUUAUCCCUCUAAUGAGGAAAGAAAUUCAGGAGGGAUUUUGGAGGAAACUUGUCUAAGGCAUCUGUCUACCAAAGAUAUGCCAAAACGGGCUUCAGAGAAACCUGUGUGGAAAUUACCUCAUCCAAUUCUGCCAUUUUCAGGGAGUCCAGAGUCCCUAAAGUCUGUCAGGAUGCCUUUAGCCAAUCUGCCCUUAACUUCUCUGUCCAAACCUAGAGCAAAAUCAAUGUCCUCUGUGGAUAUAGAAAGAACUGAGAAACCCUGUAAAAACUCUCAAAAGAAAAGCACUCUGAAGAGAUUACUCAACAUGAAAUUGUCCCUCUGCAUCAUGAAGAGUGACUUGCAGAAAUUAUUGUCUAAGGGCAGCCAAUCUGUGGACAGUGUCCCAGGCGACCUCUUGUGUGGAGAAGGAAAGAGGAUUCAUAAUGACCAGCAUGGGCCAACUUUAGUAAAUGAAAAGAAAAUUAAAUCUCUUAAGGCAUAUUCUGCUGACUGCCCAGCCUUGAAGAUGAAGUCUCAGAGACCACUUGAAGUACCAGACAGUCAAAGAGCGGAAUCCUUAGAUGAUCAAAUGCUCUCCAGGGAGACCUCGUCUCAGCUUCCUCUCAGUUCUUUGAAGGACAGCUGUGCUCCAGAGUAUGAAAAUGUGCGCCACUAUGAGGAAAUACCAGAAUAUGAGAAUUUGCCUUUUAUUGAAACUACUGGUAAAGCUCUGAGUUUUGAAUGGCAGAAUUCCAGCAGCGUGGAAAACUCUGACACAACUGUCUGUGUGCUAGAAGAACUAUAUGAAGACUCGGACAGCCAGCUGAAUCAUGGACUCCAUCAUCUGUCUUUCAGAGCCCCUCAUGAAGAUCACGAUAGCCUGGGUGUGGUGUCGAGUGACUUUCCCUCCGAUGAUGAGGAGAUCAUCGAUAGUUCUGAUGAAGACGAUGCCAGCUCUGAUUCCAGCAAAGGGGAAGUUGAUCUUCUAGAUGAUAAGCAGGGUAAAGGGGCUGGAAAGAAGAACAAAGCUCAUCAUAUUGCCAAGGAGAUUAUGAGCUCGGAGAAAGUGUUUGUGGAUGUGUUGAAACUUCUACAUAUUGAUUUCCGGGAUGCAGUGGCCCAUGCUUCCAGGCAGCUUGGCAAGCCAGUGAUUGAAGACAGAUUCCUGAAUCAGAUCCUGUAUUAUUUGCCCCAACUUUAUGAACUCAAUAGGGAUCUUCUCAAAGAAUUGGAGGAGAGGAUGUUGAACUGGAUGGAACAACAGAGAAUUGCUGAUAUAUUUGUGAAGAAGGGACCAUACCUAAAAAUGUAUUCUACCUACAUCAAAGAAUUUGAGAAGAAUGUGGCUCUGCUGGAUGAACAGUGCAAAAAGAACCCUGGUUUUGCUGCUGUGGUUAAAGAUUUUGAGAUGAGCCCUCGUUGUGCAAGCCUGGCACUCAAGCACUAUCUGCUCAAACCAGUUCAGAGGAUUCCCCAGUACAGACUACUGUUAACAGAUUAUUUGAAGAAUUUGAUAGAAGAAUCUGCAGACUAUAGAGACACUCAAGAUGCCCUUGCUGUUGUCAUUGAAGUAGCCAACCAUGCCAAUGAUAUCAUGAAACAGGGAGACAACUUUCAGAAACUUAUGCAGAUUCAGUAUAGCCUAAAUGGACAUCACGAGAUAGUUCAACCUGGAAGGGUCUUUCUGAAAGAAGGAACACUGAUGAAGCUGUCCCGGAAGGUCAUGCAGCCACGAAUGUUUUUCCUGUUUAAUGAUGCCCUGUUAUAUACAACCCCAGUGCAGUCUGGAAUGUAUAAACUCAAUAACAUGCUUUCAUUGGCUGGGAUGAAGGUCAGAAAACCGACUCAGGAAGCCUAUCAGAAUGAACUAAAGAUUGAAAGUGUUGAGCGGUCUUUCAUUCUGUCAGCCAGUUCUGCAAUGGAAAGGGAUGAAUGGUUAGAAGCUAUCUCCAGGUCAAUAGAAGACUAUACUAAGAAGAGAAUCACAUUCUAUCCCAGUAAAAGUAUUGAUGAGACAGACACAGAGAAAGAGGAGGAAGUUAGUCCUUUAGGAUCAAAGGCUCCCAUCUGGAUCCCCGACACCCGGGUUACCAUGUGUAUGCUCUGCACAAGUGAAUUCACUUUGACCUGGAGAAGGCACCACUGCCGGGCAUGUGGAAAGAUAGUCUGUCAGGCUUGUUCAUCGAAUAAUUAUGGCUUGGAUUACCUGAAAAACCAGCCAGCCAGAGUAUGUGAACGUUGCUUUGAACAACUGCAGAAACAAGACCAUCAGCAUUCACCUAAACCUGGGUCCCCAGCUAAUCACAAAUCGACUUCCAGUGCUCUCUCUUCAGUCUUGCAGAGUAUUCCAUCAGGAAGGAAACAGAAAAAGAUUCCAGCAGCUCUGAAAGAAGUCUCAGCAAACACAGAAGAUUCUUCUAUGAGCGGCUACUUAUAUAGGUCAAAGGGAAGUAAGAAGCCAUGGAAACACCUAUGGUUUGUCAUAAAAAAUAAGGUGCUAUAUACAUACGCUGCAAGUGAGGAUAUAGCCGCACUGGAAAGUCAGCCUUUAUUAGGAUUCACUGUCACUGAAGUGAAGGAUGAGAAUUCAGAAUCUAAGGUGUUCCAUUUAUUGCAUAAAAACAUAUUAUUUUACGUAUUUAAAGCAGAUGAUCCUCAUUCAGCUCAAAAGUGGAUAGAAGCAUUUCAAGAAGGCACAAUAUUGUAGUGACAUUUGUAAACCUCUCUUUAUAAUUCACAAGGGAAAAAAAUCAUCGAAAGGAGACACUAAAGUCCAGAAGAGAGCUUGAAAAAUGAUAGGACACUGCUAAAAUGAAUUAAACUGAAUCUUAUGUUCAGCAGGAUUAGAAAUUGAUGUCUAUUUUAGUCAGGAAGUAAAUAUUUUAAGCAGCUGUGUACUUUUUCUGUGGAAAAUCUUAUUUAUUAAAUUUUGUUGUUCAUAUCAAUGGUCAGAAUCAUUUCUGAGGCUCACACUGAAUUACAAAGUGCCCACAUCUUGAGAACAUAAAGCUUCAUCAAAAGUGCUUUAUCCGUUUGAACACAGGCAUCACACAUUUUACAUCCACAAAGGAGCAGCAUUCUUAAGUUGCCAAUACUACAGUGAAAAAGCACAUGGUUACAUUAAUUUUUUAUUAAGUGCUUAAAUUGGAAAUAGUCACUACUUGGUAACUAUUGGUGAGACAGUUCUCUUCUUGGUGAAAGAGUCCACAAUGCUUCUCUGCAUUUUAUAGUAAUGGAAACUCACAUAGCCAGCUUUUUCUUCACUAACACCUAGAAAAGAAAGUUCUAUUUUUCGAUGUAUCCUUACCUUUUCUGUUCAAGGAGAACAGAAAACAAUCAAGAAAUGUGGCUACAAGAUAAAAGAAGAAUAUUAUUGACUGCAUAAGAAUGAUAAUUUUUGAUUCUUUAUGCACUAGAUUAUCUCCUAUUAAAGAAAUAAAAAGUGGCCAAUUGUGUGAACUAUAUGUAAAAAAAAGGCUUCCUUUUUUUCUGAAAUAUCACCAGUAGAAAGUGUUGUUCUUUUUAAAAAUAAACAAUCAUUAAAAGAACAACUUAUGAAGAAUGGCUUCCUUCUGGAGAAAAUCAAAAUAUUAGCAAAACAUUUUGCAUGGAUUCAUGGUUUUGCAAGAUUGUCAUUUGACCAAAUUUGCAGCAUUUGUAGUUGAACUGAAUGUUUUAUAUUCUUCAUUAAAAACGACUGGAAUACAGAGAUACAAAUUCUUAUCCAGAAAGUAUUUCACUUGUCGAGCUUUCAUUUUCCAUGGCUACUUUUACACUCUUUGAAUAUGUUCAAUUGGAUGCUUUAAAACACUUUCUUCCCCUCUGUGCAUGCAGUUGUCAUCGCACCUCAUUGGGAAAGGUUUCUGCUUACAAUUCUGACGGAUGUAUUUCCAGCCUUUUAUAGGCUCACCUGCAGGAAGAUUGUGUUGGAAGCCUAUAGCUUUCAUACGGCUGAAAAUAUUUUGCGUCACUUGUUCCAUCCUAGUCAGGAAGCCAGUUGUGAUUCAACGGGUUUUGUACUUGGCAAGGAAACAUUGCUUUUUUCUUCUUCCAUGCACCCCAUAAUCUUUAAACUUUUUGGACGUUCUACAUAUCAUGGAUCAAUUUGAAAUAAAAAUGCAAAAUCUUCAUUCAGGGGCAGCCAGGCCAAGUUUUUCCUCAUGCAGCUGGAUGGGUCCCAAGCCAAAUAAAUAUUUUUUUCUAAAAAAAUAAUAGUCUUGAAUCAUUUGACUAUAAAACUCUAGUCCAACAUGGAUAAGCUAUCCUUUUUGUUCCCCCCGUCUCUGGGUUUAACAUAAUGUAAGAGUUUUGAGAUGUACAAGAAGCUAGGUGAGAAUUAUCAAUUGAUCCUAAAGUCUUACUAGGAGAUUGUAAUGCAGUGCUGCAUAUUUCAUUUAUAUUCUUCCCCCCAACAAUUAUUAUUCUUAGCUCUCAGGGCCCAUAUUUUUAAAUGUGGAAUAGUGGUAAAAAUAUUUAUUUAUUUUGUCUUAGAUGCUGGACUACCUAAGAGUCUAUAUUUAAAUUAUGUGGUAAAAUUUUAUUUUGAAAUAAGAUUUGCUUUCUGGGCAAGUUUUUAGAAGGAAAAGAAAAGUAGCUGAAUUGAAAUAGUACAGAAUGACCUUUUCAGACAAAAGAAUAUCAGUGCAAGAGAUGGGGGGGGUGGGGAUGGUGUUGGAAUAGUCACCUUCCAUGCCCAAUUUUUCAGUCGGGAGGGAGGUUCAAUACUUAGCCUUUGGUCAGGUCCAAGAAGCACUAAUCUGCUGUGACUAUCCCAUUGGUUCCUAGGGAACCCUACAGAUUAUCAAUGGUAUUUAUUGAGCACUUACUAUGUGCAGAGCACUGGAUCUGUGAUCUCAGGGUAGUCACUUCCUCUCACUGGGAAUCUGCUUAAGUGAACUAAAAUACCAACAUCUAGAAUUUGCCCCCAAAAAGUCAGAUGAAAUAUUUUCCUCUAAGUCACUAGACCAAAUGCACUGUGAUAUACGUGGUAUUUUCUGGAGACUAGGAUUAGGGUGUUAUUGGGCAUGAAAGGAAUUUUUCAUAAAACACCCUUUUUGAGAUACUGUAUCCUGGGGGUUGAGGGAAAUACCGUAAAUUCUUUUUCUCUUGUCUGUGAUUAAUUCUUAAAGUCUUUUUUAUAAUAUUGGCUUUCUGGUUACACUUAUAUGGUGUGGUCAUUGGUUAAACUGUAUUGUCCAAAUGGAAACAUAGACCUGUUAAAAGGAAAUAACUAAAAGUGAUUGUAAAUAAUGUUGAUAUGUACUAUAUUUGUAUAAAAUAAAUUUCCAACUGGUA